AUGAUUAUGCUGAUGAUUCUGAAAACCCGUUCAAAGAAGAUUAUUACAAGAAAGCAAUUUAUCAUCAGAAUAAGUCUGAGCCUCCAAGAUUGAAGCAGCCUGAAGAAAAAUCAAGGGCUCUUGUAGUUAUUCAUGACGAUGAAGGUUAUGACUGGAGUCAAGUUUGCCCUGAAGAAGAUGCAGUUGGAUAUGCAUUUGUAGAUGAUGCUGAUCCUGAUAGAUGGUGGAAAGCAGAUUAUGCAAGAUGGGAAAUCGGGAAACUAAACGAACCAUUCAAAGAAGCCCAAAGAGCCAAAAGAUGGAAUGAAGAACUAGAAUGUUACAUGGAUCCACGGGGUAAUCCAGUUGUUGACCCAUCAAAAGUGGAUUUCGAAGCUGUAACAAAUUUGCUUCCAAGACAGGUUACUUUCAACACAAGAAGGUUAUCUGAUAAAACAUAUCUGCCGGAUUUGGAGAGCAAAAUAAGAGAAGUUUGUGAAGCAAGCCUACUGAAGGUGGUAGAAAUGAAGAAGAGAAAAGAAGAAGAAUUGAAGAAGAUGAUUGAAGAAGUGAAGAUUGUCACAAAACGUGCUGCUGGAGAGGAACAGAAAGUUGAAAAAGAACAAAAGAUAGAAGAAGCACAGAAAGAAGGAAAAGAGGAGAACAAAGAGGAAGAUCAGAAUGCUGAGACAGAAAAAUUGGUGCUGAAAGAGACUGAGGUACGUUAAAGAUGGAUGACAUUUUCUUGAACCCGUUUAGCGACAUGUACGCAUUUGCUAGAAAUUCGGGAGACGAUUCAUCUACAAGCAACAACAAUGAGAAUCCGCCUAAUGCCAAGAAGAAAUUAUCGGAUGCUUUGGAGGUUGAAAGUGCUUUCGGAACUUACAACAAACCACCGAAAUUGAUGGCUAUCGAGGAGUAUAGUCAGUGGGCAAAGAAAUUCGAAGAUUGGUUGAUGGCCUUUGCGUUUCCGAGUUGGAAGAGUCUCAAAAACGGAUACGAUGAUGGAGGCAAAGAGGGUCAAAUUUUGUCAACAUCUGAUGAGAUAGAGUCGUUUGUGGCUGAGCAGAAAUGUGUGGCAUUAUUGUUUCAAUCUAUGCGUGAAGAUAUAAUCUCUUUGAUUGAUUACUCAAGUGCUAAAGACCUCUGGGCAAAAUUAGAAAAGAAAUUCUUAGGAAGUACUAAAAUCGUGAAAAACAAAAAGAAACUUCUUAGGAAAGAAUUUGAUUAGUUCGGGUGUUUAAAGAAUGAAUCGGUUUCAAAAAUGAUCGAGAGGUUUGGACAUCUGAAGCUGGAACUAGCUAGACAUGAUAUUAGAUAUCCUGAAGAUGAGCUAGUUGACAAACUAUUCGAUUCAUUGCCAGAUGAGAUAGAUUGGCGAUAUUAUGCGCUGAUGCAGAAAAAUACUAUCAAGGCACCAGAAGUGUUAACUCUAGAUUUGCUGAUAGAGAAACUAGAGAGUCACGAUUUGGAAUUGAAGAAGACAUUCAAAGUCAAUCACUCAUCUUAUCAGCAGAAUUUGGAUUUGUAUUAUCCAAAGAGCAU